CGCAAGAACUGCCGACGCCAUGUUUCCUUUGCAUUCGCUUCCGGGCUGGGAAAUCUGCUUCCGCUACUAGGAGCUCUACUUCCGGAUCCUGCGUACAGUUCAAAAAGUGGCGGGAGCAGUACCAGGCAAUUAAUUGGAUAGCGUGUGUUAGAGAUGGCUCUAAGAAAGCCGUCCCUCUCCCUGCUUUCCACAGAGAGUGAUUCUGAGGAACUGCCCACAUUUGCCUUUCUGAAGAAGGAACCACCUUCAGCUGACAGGAAUCAGCCUCAGAGGGAGAACGUAGCGGUGGUCACGUCAGAUUAUUCCGAGGCCUCCUGUCCUCCGUCACCAGGCUUGGACGAUCCGCCGUUUGUCCUAGAUGCAGCUGAAGCUCCCACCCAGGCAGAGCCGGUCAGAGUGCUAAGCAGCGGAAGUGAGGAUGAAGAUGUAUUUGUCCCCCUGGCCGAGCGGAUCACAUGCAAGUUUCUGACACACGAGCAGCUGAGCCCUGGGCACUCUAGCUCCUCACUUAAAACUGUUUUGGAUCAUCAAAAUAAUACAAGUGGACCAUGUGACUGGAAAAAGCAGCCAUUUCCAAAGAUCCCUGCUGCUGUUCCUCUGCGCAGUGCCUUAGAGAAGAGCCCAGCAAAUGACGGGGACUCUGUCUUAGACCAUCUGUGCCAUCAGCUCCCAGAUCACCAGUCUACCCGCAGCGAGUUGGCAGUAACUAAAACAGUUCCCGACAUCCCUCUACCUCAGAAGAGAACCAAGCGCAGUCAGAAGGUCCAGAGAAGAGGCUCUCAGGGAUGCUGGCAGCCAAGCCAAGCAAGCAGGAAGGAAAACACCCCAAGGCCGCACGAGAAGAAAAAGAAGGCAGCGACGGUCCAUAGGCUGCAAGCCCGGAGGCCGGAGGAAUGCCUCAAGCAUAUUGUGGUGGUGCUGGACCCAGAGCUUUUACAGAUGGAAGGUGGGGGCCAGCUCCUGGGAGCACUGCAGUCUAUGGAGUGCAGCUGCGUGAUUGAAGCCCAGGCUGUGCCUCGAAGUAUCACUUGGAGGAGGAGGACGGAGCUGGUAGAGGAUGGAAAAGACUGGGAGGAAGAGCCGACCAUCCUGGUGUUGCUCCUGGCAGAGGCCUUCAUGUCCAUGGUCAACAACUUAGGGCAGGGAAGUCCGGGCAACACUGAGAAAGGGAAGGAGACACUUCGGGGCUUUGUAACUGAUGUCACAGCAAGGACAGGGAAGGCAUUGUCACUGGUGAUUGUGGACCAGGAGAAAUGCUUCAGGGCUCAGAAUCCUCCAAGGAGAAGAAAAUCAGGAACGGCAAAUAAACAGGCCAAAGAGAAGCAGCAGAAGAAACAAGAGUCUAGCACAAGGCUCAUGAUGUCCAGGGUAGAGAUGGAAGAGGCUUUGGUGGAUCUGCAGCUACACACAGAAGCCCAGGUUCGGAUGGUGCAGAGCUGGAAAGAGCUGGCUGACUUCGCCUGUGCAUUUACAAAGGCUGUGGCUGAAGCUCCCUUCAAGAAGCUCCGGGAUCAAACCAGCUUUUCCUUCUGCCUGGAGAAAGACUGGGCUGGAGGGACGAAAGUGGACCCAGCUGGUCGGGGACUCGCGCUCGUCUGGAGGAGGCAGAUCCAGCAGCUGAACCGAGUCAGUUUGGAAAUGGCCAGUGCCAUUGUGGAUGCCUAUGCCUCACCACAGCUCCUGGUGCAGGCAUAUCAGCGGUGUUUUUCCGAGCAAGAAUGCCAGAAUUUGCUGGCUGACAUACAGGUACGCCGUGGAGAAGGUGUGACAGCCACCUCCCGCCGUGUUGGGCCAGAACUAUCCAGGCGGAUCUAUCUUCAGAUGACCACACUGCAACCGGAUCUCAUCUUAGACAGUGUUGACUGACACCCCUCAGCCACAGGCUGGGUUUCCCCAACCUUGAUCUCUGACAGCAGAGAGGGGCCAGAAGUACGCCCUGGGUACAGUUAGGGAUUGAGUCUCCUUGUGGGAACUGGAAUCUACCUCCACCAGCAUUUACGGGUCCUCCCCUGCAAACCAGAUGCCAUGCAUGGACAACCAGCCAUCCUACGCUGCCCGUCGACCCCCACAAGACAGAGGAGAAAGAUAGGGAGACCACUCAGACACGGAUUUAAUCAUUGUAGAAAUCCAAAGAAUAAGCAUCAAAUCUCGAAGUCAGAGUGAACUCCUGCCUGCGGGUUAGCUUGACUAGGCUCAGCCACUGAGCUGCCUCAACCAGCCAGGGAACUGUGACUCGGCUGACUUCUGUUUUCAUGAUGUCACCUUGUGUAGUAUGUACUUUAUCAAUAAAGCAUUUGUACCAAUG